UCGAUCAUCAUUCGGCGUUAAUCAGCGAAGCAGUGAAGACGUGUGCAGUGGUCAGUACAGCAUUUGAAAAAAAAGUACAAGUUAAUUUUUAAAUAAAUAUUUUAGAGUACUCAGCUAUAUUUGUGUGCUAAAAAUCAAUUUUACCAGAAACGAAAACAAAGUUCUUUUUUUAAAAGUGUGACUACAGUUGUGUUUUAUUAAUAUAAACAAUAAAAUACAAUUUUCUAACGUUCUCUUAUAAAUUUUUAAACGAGUUUUUCAACAAAUAAAAUCUAAACAAAAUGGCCGAUGUUGCUGUAGAAAAGAAAGAAACUCCCGUUGUUGAGAAAGUAGCCGCCGAGGAGGUUGAUGCUGGCAAAAAAGAAGUUGCUGCUGAAACUCCCGCUACUGAAGAGGCAACCACCACAGAAAAUGGUGAGGCUUCAGCCGCUGAAGAGAAAAAACCCAGCGAAGAAGCCAAGGAGAACGGUGAUAGCGAAGCUGCCGCAGCUGACAAAACCGAAAAAACAGAUGGUGCUGCUGCUGCUGCCGAAGCUGAAACUCCUGCUGCCACCACCGAAGCUGCUGCUGAAGAAUCUGCGCCAGCCGCCGCCGUCGCCGCCACCACCACUGAAGAAAAUGGUGUAGAAGAACCUGCUGCUGCUGAAGCUAAUGGUGAUUCUACAGAUUCUGCCCCCGCUGAGGCCGUUAAGAGGAAAGUCACCGAAGGUGAGGCUAAAACAGACGAUGCCGCUGAAGUGACACCUGAAAAGAAGGCUAAAUUGGAAGAGACCUCAAAAGAAGAAGUCCAAAACGGUGCGGAGGCAUCUGAAGUAGCGGCUUAAUCUCUUCAUUAAACACACACAACAACCUACCCUCUACUAUAUAUAAUAUAUAUUAAAACAAAAUAACACACACAAAAAAAACAAACAAACAAAAACUAAUUCUAAUAAUUUACUUACAUUAACAUUAUAAAAAAUGAAAAACUUAAAAAAAAAUCCUACAAAAAAAUUACAAAAAGCAAAGAAAAAACCUGUAAACUACCUACUACAAAAAUGAGAAAAACAAACAACAUCAAACAAACAAACCAACAAUCAAUCAACAACAUUAUAUAAAAGAAAAAAAAAACAAUUGAAAAAUGGUGUGAUCUGAUCGCCGGCGAUACAUAUUUUAUUGACGCAAAAGAGCAGCAUCCGAAUAAUUUCAAAUUUCCAAAUUUCAUUUUGAUUAUAAGGUUUUUUUUAUGUAUAAACGUUUUUUUUUUAAACCGAAAUGCAUUGUCAUAUUUUCAUGACGAUCGCAUAUGUAUUAAAAAGAAGAAAAUCCUAUACAUAAUCCUAAGAUAUUACAAAUUACAAUACAAUACAAUCUCCUCUUGUAGAGACAGAAGUUGUAAACAUAUAUUUUGAAAACAGAAAGAACGAAAAGAACAUUUUUAAAUAUUCAUAUUACACACUUUUGUCGUCAUAUCUCAAUUGCAUAUAUUUUAAAUUAUAGUUGUGUAUUAUUCAAUUCGAAUAUUUCUUAUAAAUUCCUGUGCCAGGAUCUGAAAUCUGAAUCCUACAUUUUUCCUUUCGAGUGCUUAGCAUUUCCCUAAGUAAAUAUGUCGGUCAUUGUUUUGUGGCACGUUAUUUUUAAGAAUUACUUUUAGUUUAUUUUUUUAAAUGUCUUUUUAAUCAAGACCUUUUUAAAAUAUAGUUGACUUUCCGAUUUCUUUGUACUAUUUUUUUUUAAAUAAAUAUAAACACAUCAUCAGUUGAAACAACUCACCACUCUACCUACCAGACAAGAAGUAAAAGGCUAAAAAGUUGUAAAAAUAAUAAACAAAUAUAUUUAAACAAAAACAUUCAAUAAAAUACAUUCGAUUGAAAAAUAAAACAAAAAAUAUUUGAAAAAAAAAACUAAA